UGCUUCCUCGCACUCUGCACCAUACUCAUCAAACCAUCCAUAACAACACACAUAAUACACAUUAUUAAGUUUUAACUUUAACUAAACUAUUUUAUUAAUCAUAAACAGCAAGUUGUGUUUAAAGUUGUUCAAGUUUUUUUUUAUAUUUAUCGCGAGAUAAAAGAUGCUGAAAUUAACCGCGCUGACAGUGUUAUUGGCGACGAUAGUGAUAGCAAGACCGGAACCCCCGGUACUUGGGGGCCAGUACCUUCCGCCUAAUCAGCAGUAUGGUGCACCACAGAGAAACAACGGAUUUGGCGGGAACGCAGGGCCUAAUGGAGGAGGAUUCGGAAAUAAUCAAUACCUCCCGCCAAAUCAGCAAUACGGACCACCAGGGGGUAACUCUGGUAACUCUGGUAACUCUGGUAAUUCCGGCUACAAUGACGGUUACAGUGAUACUCCAGCCAAGUACGAAUUCGAGUACAUGGUAAAUGACAUAGAGAGUGGUAAUGACUUUGGUCACAAGGAGAGCCGUGACGGUGAGGUUACACGCGGCGUUUACUACGUUCUUUUGCCUGACGGCAGACGUCAAACUGUCGAAUACAUUGCCGACGAGAAUGGGUACAGACCAGUCGUCACUUACAUGCAAGAAGGCAAUGGCGCUGGAAAUGGUUACCGAAACGAGGGGCCUGGAAAUGGUUACCCAACCGGAGGAAACAAUGGUUAUCGUUAUUAGUCUUUCUCUAUAUAUAUACCGUAUACCCUAUACCGUUUAUACUCGUUUACUUUACAUAUACAUACCUACUGGUUAUACUCUUUGCUCCAGACAACACAUAAACGUAUACCCUAUUGUUUGUCAUGGUGAACCUGGACCAUACGAUUCGAUUAUACCCAUUUAAAUCCUUCUCUGUACCGUCGGUUCCUUUCGCAAACAUUUGCUGUUAAAUCCUUUCCAUCAUUCUCUACUCAUUCGAUCGCCAAUGAUUGUUUUCUUUUUCGUUUUUUUUUCUUAUUUUUCUAAUACUAUUACUGUUAUAAUUAUUAUUAUUAGUUUUUUUCCAUCAAAUUUUACUGAAUAGUGGGUUAUAUCAAAAAAGGGCUUACCGGUAAUUAAAUUAUUGACAAUAGUAUUAUUAUUAUCA